AUGAACGACAAAGAGUCUCAUGGAACUACCGUGCUUCAGUCUGCGUACGCAACCUUGACUCGGCCAACUACAGCAGCCAUGGUCAAGAUGCUCAGCAAAAUCACACCCCUUUACUCCCGCUCGGGUACACUGAAGAAAUGGCGAGCGUCCGAUCUCCAGAAACUCAUUGAGAAAGUUCACAAACAUCAAAAGAAGGUUGACAUGACCAACAAGGCACUUCUCAAGGCGUUUGACUUGUGGGGUGCCGAACUACCUAAUCCAGAAAACGCUUUGGUUGUUCGUGAAUUUUCUGAACUCCUCGACUGUGUCAAUGUGGUAUACUCGGCCCAAGGUGACCGUCUCAACAUCCUAAAGGUUCACUUGGGAGCUAUCGCCACGCGAGAAGCCCGGCAAAAAGACUUGUUGGAAAAGCACAAUCAUCUCCAGAGAAAAUUUGAUGCCACAGCCAUGAAACAUGGCCCCAAAGCAGCACAGACGUCUCUUUUCUUAGACCAGAUUGAAGAGAAUGAAUACAACCUCAAGUUGAUAGAGCAGCAGUUAAUGCGAAUUGCUUCAUCCAGCUUGCGAGAAGCAUGUACUGAGUACCUUCUUUGGCUCCAAGGCUCUAUUGUUAAUAUGACUAGAAGCUGUAAUGCUUUCGCAGCCACCUUGAGAGAUACAGAUCCGAAUUACUAUCGUCGACUUGAAAGAAUGAGUUCACCUACUAGCGGAGUAUCCCGCAUUGCAACCGGAGAGAAGGAAAUAGGUCGUGAUUUCAGAGAUUCUGCAAGGGAAAUUGCAAGGGAUAUCAGAGACUCUAGUAGAAGCAACCUUGAUAAAGAUGAACGGCCCCUCGAGAUAAGAUCUGACCACAAAAUUGAUCUAAGAACCGACAUGAAGUCAGACGUAAGAGGAGAUGGAAGAUCGGAGAUGAGAGGAGACUUGAGAUCUGACAUUCGGGCUGACACGAGAAUUGACCACAGAGGUGAAUUGAGGAGCAUGGAAAGGAAAGAUCCAAAAGAUGUGGAUGAUUGGGCAGCCUACGAUAUUCAGCGGUACGAACGAAACCAGGAAGGUUGGGGCUAA